AUGUCGAAAGAUAUUAAUAUACUACUGCUUGGACAGACAGGUGUCGGAAAAACGACAUUUAUCAAUUCAUUUGCUAAUUAUCUGGAGCACCACUCUUUAGAAGAUGCAGUUACAGGUGAAUUUCAAGUUCUUAUACCAGCUACGUUCGUUUAUAUGGAUAGUUUAACGUUCGACGAAAGAGAGAUUAAUAUUGGUGUUCCACAUGACACGGAACAAACCAAGGCAGUUGGCGAAUCUUGUACGAAAGAAUGUCGAAGUUUCGUUUUUCGAAUAAACAACAGAACCUUACGUCUGAUUGAUACACCGGGACUUGGUGAUACGCAAGGUCUCAUGCGUGAUGAAAAGAAUCUUGCAGAUAUCCUCGCUUGUAUCAGUCAAUACGAACAUCUAAAUGGCAUUUGUAUUUUAUUAAAACCAAACGAAGAUCGAUUACACAUAUUGUACCGAUAUUGUCUAAAGGAAAUACUUCGACAUUUACACGUAGACGCAAAAGAGAACAUUAUGUUUGUCUUUACGAAUGCACGAGCUACCAGUUAUCAACCUGGCCGAUCAGCCCCAGUUCUUCGUGAGCUUCUGAAAAAUAUUCAAGGUGAUGCUCAAGUGGCAAUACCAUUCUCAAAGGAAAAUACCUUCUUACUUGAUAACGAAGCAUUCCGAUUUCUUGCCAUAUAUAAAAAUGGCAUCGAGGUUCGUUCGGAGGAAAAAGCAGACUACAGUCGAAGUUGGUCGUACACAAUCAAAGAAUUUCAACGCCUUAUAGAGCGCAUAAUCAAAUGUGAAAAACAUAGAACCAGUAAUACAAUUUCGCUCAAUGAAGCACAACAAUUAAUUCGCAAAUUGUCGAGACCGAUUGGCGAAAUAUCAACUCUUAUACAAAAAAACAUUGAACUCAUUGAACGACAUAAGAGGAAUACUCAAUCAAAUAACAAUGUGAAACAAGAAGUUUUAGAGCAAUUCGACAUCGAAUUAAUCGAACUAUCGUACCCAAGAACUGUGUGCACAAAUAGUAAAUGUACAAAGGUCAUCGUAGUCAAUGGUUGCGAACAGAUUGAUUAUGCGACUCAUUGUCAUACAAAGUGCUAUCUUACCGGAGUCGACGAAGAUCUUAUCGGAGAUGAGAAACUAAAAAGUUGUGCUGCAAUAAACAAGUCAUCAGGUUAG